AUGGCCAAGUCGAAAGUACCAGACGCAAAACGAGAAAUCACAAUCCCGAAACUUGAGCUAAAUGCUAUUACCAUUGGAACACGAUUGUCUUUCAAUGUCAUUCAAAGUCUCACCAAUGAAAUCCAUAUUGAUCGUAUCCUUAUUCUAUCUGACUCCGAUAUUGCACUGAAAUGGGUCGCAUCACCGAAUACUCGUUCCAGUGGCGUCUUUGUAGCAGACCGCAUCAAAGAGGUGCAAACGAUUGUACGAGAUUUAAACUCAUUGAAAAUCUUGGUACAAUUUGGUUACAUCGACACAAACCAUAACUCAGCAGACUGUGGUACAAGAGGUCUAACGAAAGAUUAG